CUGGCCCCUGCGAACAGCCUCAUCACCAGCUUACUAUGGAUGUCGACAGCAAACCCCCGCCCUUGUCGCCGCCUCCCACAUAUGGAUUUUGCGCUCGUCAGGGCACGCAUGAUUUCGAGGACCCGGAACAAGGUGGGCGUCGAUAUCUGCCUCAGGUGAAUAAGUGGGGUAGAGGAGCUGUCGAAUGGAGAUGCGAGAGAGCAGGUGGUGCAGAACACGUGCCCCUGUGGGAGGCGUACCCCAUCUGGAGAGAUGAACCUUUGCUGAUGUUCAAUGCACAAGGCCCUUCCAAGCAAGCAGCCAAAGAGGCUUCGGCACGGCUUAUGGCCGAAAGUGGCCACUGUUAACGACCAAGCUAUUCCGGGAAGUGCGGCAGCACGCGGCCCUGCCGAUUGGUGCUCUCAGUCCUUUUACCUCCUCUGCUGCCUUUGAACUUUUCUGUUUAUGUGACAUUUAACCUUGAGUCUUCCCUCUGUCUCCUCUCCACAUUGUAAGGGUCACAGGAUUUUUUUGGAUGGCCACACCAGCCACCUUUUUUUUUGCCUGUGAUUCCCCCUUCCUAUCUUCAUUCUAAUUCUUGGUCCUAUCCUGCUUUGAAUCAUGUAUUUACAUCAUUCUUGUCAGUGCUCCUAUUGCUUGACUCUUGAGUGAAAC